AUGCCUUCAGAAAUUAGUCGCACUGAAACUAGCGAGCCAUCAGAAAAUGGCUUUGCGCUACCUAAUUCUGAAGCCCAGGUGGAAGGUGAAACGCCCCUGCCUCCUAAUCGAUCGAAGACAGGACAGCGCUAUGUCAAAAAUGUCACCCCAACACAAGAACCAUUAGCGAGUCCGUCCAGACACACGGCUACAGAGACAGUUUUGGGAGGGUUUGAGACCGCUCUCGUGGACAAUCUCCCGGUACAGCCCUCUAUAAGGAGUGUAGUUGCCCCAUCAUUCAUCAGCAGGCCCACCCACUCCAACGAGAGUGAUACAAAAGACAAAAAUUCUACGACACUUUCUAAGUCUACACGCGAAGCAAUCAGAUCAGAUAUUACCGCCGGAAGGCUGACAAUCCCUGAGCUUUUUAGUAAGGAUUCGGAAUCUACUCCACCACAAGGCUUCAAUGUAGACGAUCAUCCCCUGACGCCAUACCAAAGGCUUCGAUAUCGAUUGCCCUUUGGGCCUGCGAUAUCUCCUCCAAACCCAGAUCUGGCAUUCAAGGUUCAAAUCAUUGAAUACACUAGGCAAUGGAUUCUACUAGCAGCGAGUAUCUCACAAGAGAAGAGACGAGCCGAGGUUUUGGACAGAGCUUUUGACAAAUAUGAGAAAGUAUGGUUUGAGGCUCUUCGUAUUGGGUACGCGUCAGGUGUGGAUAGCAGUAAUGAGCCAGGCCCACAGCAAGAGUCCAGCCAUAGGGCAGGGGACAGAAAAGCUCGGGCAGCCAAACCACGCAAGAUGGAUCCUUUUCCGCACGCAGUCCAGGUAUUUGUCCCGGUGAAAUUCAAGAACGGCCAUGGACGCCCAUUUCCUGUUACUCCGAUAACAGUAGGAGAGCUCGAAGAAGCCGGAGUCACAGAAAUGCAAAUACGCAAGCGUGCAGAUGAUGACGAUUACGCACAGGUCGAGGAAAUAUUCAGGGACCUUUACGAUGAUCUGGGCCGCAAGGUUGAGCAAAAAGACUGGGACCGAGCUGCCGCGCCAACACAGCUCAACCCAACAGGUCGUGAUCUCUUCUUUUACUCUUUAUAUCUUGUCCAGCUUUAUGAGUGGAAUCUUCAAGUCCUGUCGCGAUAUCAGCUGGGUUUCAAGACAACAAACCAAAUGAAGAAUGGAAAGAGGAACAUCGAAAAAUCCGAACAAGACCGAAAACUCUUCUUAGCUCUAGCAUUAGCGCUCAGUGAGCUGACAUAUGUCGCUGAUUCCAAAGAACCAAGCGUUGACCAAGAUAUCGAUAUGCAUGACGCUGUGACUUCAAAUGACACUAUUGAGUGGCUGCUCGAAGCCAUCGACAUGGUCCUAGAAUCGCCGGGUUUCAGGAAUAUACGCCACGCCUUUGAAGCUUCUGGUUAUCCAGAAAAGUACCUUGACAUAGCCUCCCAAGGUGCGACUGAGCCGUCCCACAUUGGAGAUGGCAAAAAGGCUCUGACCGAAAUACUGUCCUAUGAUAGAGACAGAGAUAUUGCGGCGCAGAAAGCCGAGAAUGAGGACAAUGCGGAUGAUAAGACGCAGUGGAUCGAGCGAGUGGAAGACUGUGAGACGAAAAUUCGGGAUACUAAGAAAUAUCUUAGAGAAAUUGCUCCUCUGCUGCUGCUAUUGAAACCUGACAAUGAUAAAGCUGGUGGUGAAAAUGUCAGUACAGUCGAUAUGGUUCGAGAGGUGGAUGCAACUGUCCCAUCUAAAAUCGACACGCAGUCAGAGAUACCUAAAUCUCCUGUGCUGAAGGCUGGAAUCAAGCGUCUUGUCGACACCGAUGCCGACGACGGCCAGAACAAUCCUGAGCUACCGUUGAAACGACAAAAGCUAGAUAUCAAUGGACAGAGAGAACACACCAGUGACGAAGAUAUCCCAAAACACGGUAAGCAGACUGCUGCAGAAAUCGAGAACACGAAUACUCUCCUUCCCGCUGCGAUAGCUGGCCAGUCAACAGCACAAAGUCAAACAUUGAGUUCGGACUUUGGUGUUGUCCAGGAUAGAGGGAGAAGCAAGUUGCCUGAUGUGCAAGCCUCCUCCGAACAUCCAGGGAGACACACCAUGAGCAAGAAGGAGAGAUAUAUCCAAGACUGCCUUCUACCAUUGGCCAACAAGCUCUUGAUAGCGAACAGACAACCUCCUCUAUCUUCGACAGUCACGGAUUUUCCGAGUGCUAAGAUUGCUCUGCUUAAUGCUGGUCUUCCUGUAUCCGAACGGAACAAACUGGUUAGCGGAUAUAACAGUGGCCUGUUUAACAACUGGAAUGCCAUGCUAGAAAGCGACAUGGUGCACGGGCAAGAUGAUUUGGCAAGGGCAGACAACCUUCCACUUGUAAGCCAUUCAUCGGACCUCACACUCUUGUAUGAGACGGGUAACGAAGCCGAAUCUCAUCCCGCUACUCCCCCAGAUCACCCCGAGCGUCGUUCUCUAAUCGUCAAAUUGGGGGGUGGCCCUAGCUCAGACUACAGCCCUGCGCAAUUCUCCUGCAAUUCGAUCUUUAAUCACAAAGGUUUCCGGUAUCGAUAUGCUCGAGAUUCAACACUCGCCAAUAGAAAACGUGCAGAUGAAGCCCUAGACAGUUAUGUCCGAGGUCGAACCGCACGCACACCAGCCAAUGUUUCUUUUCCACGUUACGGGAAAUACGAGGCCAUUUGCCUUCCAGAUGACCCUGAACGAAAGACCAUCAUACAGGGGAUCUGGGAUACUAAGGAUGGAAAGCUCAUUGAGGGAGCAGACUGGUUUUACAAAGAGAACAGGGACCACCCGAGCUCUGCGGCUGACAGCUUGACUGAAGUUGGAGACACAUCCAGCGGAGAGCGUGGGAGAUUUGAUGAUCGAACCCAAUCAUCAAGACCUUCAUCUUCUUUGACGAAGCAGAGCAAGAAGGCCACAUGUGCUCCGAGCUCCGCAAGGAAACCGGUGCCCAUCCGGCCUACUGCGAAUGGCCAUCAGAAGAAAACAAAAGUCAACGGAAGAACUAGAAUCAGACUGAAAACUGGCGAUGCGAAACACGAUGCAAGCAGAAAUUUCUCUAGUGGGCAGACGAGCAAAGGCAACAGCAACCAUGGACCGGGCUCUUCUCGCGGCAAGGGAGGCCGACUCAAGCGAGCGACUGCGAAAAGCAAGUUUGUUGUGGAUGACUUCGACGGUGCAAGCUCCGAGGAAUAUGUCCCGGGUCACUCUGACUGA